AUGCAAUCCUUUUCCCCAGACGAAUCAUUGCAUGUCUCUUGGAUACAGAUAUUGAAGUCUUGGUUAAAGAAACGAGGUCCAGAGUUCACUCAUUACACAUUCCCAGCAUAUUCCAUUAGUUGCAGCCCUUGUGAAACAAGAUUUUGUGGGGUGUUUUUUUUUUUUUUUUAUUCAUUCGUUCAUUGUUCGCUUUUGCCUCGCUAUCAUUACAAGUUCACGCUCUCUUUCCUAUCUCACCUUUUUUCCUAUUUAUACUGCUUUACCUCACUCCUCUUUCUUUCUUUCUUGCUUUCUUUCUUUCUUACCUUUUUCCUAUUUAUACUGCUUUACCUCACUCCUCUUUCUUUCUUUCUUGCUUUCUUUCUUUCUCACUUUUUACCUUUUCUGUUCCCCUCUUUGUUUAUUUUCUUUUUCUCUCAUUCUUUCUCGUUCCUUCCCACAUUUACACUCUUUAUUUUUUCUUUAUUUCGAAUUCUUUCAUUUCUACUGUUUUCCAUUAUUACUUUCCCUCCUGAUUCCUUCCAUACUUCCUUCCUUCCUUCCUUCCUUCCUUUCUUUCUUUCUUUCUUUCUUUCUUUCUUUCUUUCUUUCUUUCUUUCUUCCUUCCUUCCUUUCUUUCUUUUUUCUUUCUCAUUCUUUUUAGUCCCCCACCUCUUCCUUUAUUUUCGUUUUUCUCACUAUUUCGUUUCUAUAGUUUUUCAUUACUCGUUCUUUCCUGCAUUCUUUCUUUCUUUCUCACCUUUUUUUUCCAUAUUUAUACCGCUUUACCUCACUCCUCUUUCUUUCAUUCUUUCUUUCUUUCUCACCUUUUACCUUUUCUGUUCCCCUCUUUGGUUAUUUUCUUUUUUCUCAUUCUUUCUCGUUCCUUCCCACAUUUACACUAUUUCUUUAUUUUUUCUUUAUUUCGAAUUCUUUCAUUUCUACUGUUUUCCAUUAUUACUUUCCCUCCUGAUUCCUUCCAUCCUUUCUUUCUUUCUUUCUUUCUUUCUUUCUUUCUUUCUUUCUUUCUCGCCUUUUAGUUUUUCAGUUUCCCCUACUUCCAUAUUCUUCUUUAUUUCUCAUUCUUUUGUUUUUAUUUUCAUUAUUCUUUCUUUUCCGAGUAAUUUUUCUUUCAUUCUCUGUAUCUUUUUUGAUUAUCCAAUACAAAUUUCCUCCAUGGUUACUUUCUUUCUUUCUUUCUUUCUUUCUUUCUUUCUUUCUUUCUUUCUUUCUUUCUUUUUAGUCCCCCCUCUUUCCUUAUUUUCGUUUUUCUCACUCUUUCGUUUCUAUAGUUUUUCAUUACUCGUUCUUUUCUGCAUUAUUUCUUUCUUUCUCACCUUUUUUUUCUCCAUAUUUAUACUGCUUUACCUCACUCCUCUUUCUUUCUUUCUUUUUUCUCAACUUUUACCUUUUCUGUUCCCCUCUUUGUUUAUUUUCUUUUUUUCUCAUUCUUUCCUCAUUUUUCUCUCUCUUCUUUGCUUAUUUUCAUGCUUCUCGUUCUUUUUUUCUUUUUUUUGUUAUUCAUUACUCGUUCAUUCCUUCAUUUUUUCUUUCUUUCUUUCUUUCUUUCUUUCUUUUCUCAUUCUUUUCUUCUCUCCUCUUUCCUUAUUUUCUUUAUUCUCAUUCUUUCGUUUUUAUUGUUUUUCAUUACUCGUUCUUUGCUGCAUUAUUUUCUUUCUUUCUUUUUUCUUUCUUUCUUUCUUUCUUUCUUUCUUUCUUUCUUUCUCUCUUUCUUUCUGUUUGUCUGACUGCCUGUGUGAUUUUCUUUUAUGCACGUCUCUUUCUUUUUUUCUUUCUGUUUGCUUGGCUCUCAUCGUUUCUUUCUUUAAUUCUUUCUAUUAUUUUUUUCUUUCUGUCUUGUAUGGUUUUCGUUUUUUGUCCGUCACUUUCUUUCUUUCUUUCUUCCUUUCUUUCUUUCUUUCUUUCUUUCUCCUCUUUCAAUUUCAAGAUUCCAUUUUUUCCCAUUCUUUCUUUUCCUUACUUUUUCAUUACUCUUUCUUUUCCUCACGAUUUCUUUCCUUCAUUCUUCCCUUAUUUUAUUUUUUUACUUUUUGCUUUUUAAGUUUUCACUCAUUCUUUAUUUUUCUUUCUUUCUAA